UGUGCCUCUAAUGUACGAAAUCGAAGGCUGAUGUCUAGAUCCCGAGUAAAUAUGUUCCAUGGCGUUCAACAUCAAUCGCUUCAUUUUCUUUCCGCUACCAGGCGUUGUCAACAACCAAACCAGCUGCCCAGAACCUGGCUAGCCAUUGGCCCAACGAAGCUGGCCACGACCCCGCCCUCUCUUUUAUGUACGGAGUAGAGGCUGCAAGCUUCCCAGCCACAUAAAUUCCAACCCUCCAACCACCGCACUUAAUCCGCCCACCUCAGCCUUGCUGCACCACGCCUGGGCUGGUUGGCCUUUCUGGGCGCCCUCUUGCUGUGGUUGGCUAUAUUUAACACAUCUAUGCGCGAUGGUCCUCGUUCUUUCGUUCAUUCCUCGAACCCUUCCUUCGCUAUGACAUGCUUCUAUCUGCGGCCAUAUACCAAUCUCAGUCUUGACGAAGACAGGCAAAUACCCGCUCUCUAUAUAUCGAGUACUGAAUAUUUUGUCUACAGCUGUUGUAUCCUAUCGUUUUUGAAGUAGCAACAUAUUAAAACCCCCCACUACAGUACAAACUUGUUUGCUUUUGUGUUAUUCGAGUCCUUGAACCCAAAUUUUCCCCACCACAUCGUAUCGCACCUAUCUCGUCCUGAUCAUCUUCUGGUGGGCAAGCCACCCGGUUGGAUAGCAUCCGCUAUCACCACAACCAUCAUUUGCAUUUCCUCUUUACACUACCUAAUAAUCCACUGAACCCCGCGCCAGCCUGCAGACAUGAUCGCCGGAUUCUUCUUUAUCUGCUGGCGACUAGGCCAACUAGUCACCCUAAUUAUCCCCAUUGGCAUUCUGUCCUGGUUCGUCGACGGCUUCGUGAAAAUCAACCAACUAACCCCAACCUACAUCCUCGUCCUCUUCAUCGUCAGCGUCAUCGGCAUCUUCUGGGCCCUCGACACCCUCGUCCGCCACUCCAACGCCAAACGCUCCGCCCACUUCGUCGCCUUCAUCGACCUCUGCUUCGUUGGCUCCUUCAUCGCAGGCGUCUACCAACUGCGCCGCAUCGCGAACGCAGACUGCGGAAACUUCCGCGCGGACCCGCUAACUCUAUCUCUGGGCCCCUUCGGCUUCGCGGGCCAGCGCGCCAAUAACCCACUAGCGCGCGACCCGACGAAAAUAUGUGCGAUGCUCAAGACCGCGUUUGCGUUUGGGAUUAUGAAUAUUGGCUCGUUUUUCAUUACGUCUGUUCUGGCAAUGCUGAUGCAUCGUCAUGAGGAGAAGGAACAUGAGAAGAGCUCGUCGCGCAGACGAGGGUCGCAUUCGAGCCGUCGUGGGCAUUCGGGGAGUAGGCAUCGGAGAAGCAGCUCCGGGAGACAGCCUGUUUAUGAUGUUUGAGUCAUGAAGUCUCUUUUCUCUUCCUUUCCCCCCUUUUUUCUUCCUUUUUUCUAUCCGAGAGAUAUAUUGGGCAAAAAUAAUGGGUUCUAUAGUCGGGUACACAUGUUAGGGUCACACCUUUUCUUUGUUUUAUCGUACGACUGAGAUGGGUGCUAUGUUACAUCCCUAUGAAAGAUGAAAACAGACACAGGAUAUGAGGGAUAUGACGUGAGAAAUUUUGAUGACCAGGAAAACGAUGUUUAUGUUGCCAAUUAUGAGUGUUGCUUUGUUUUGAUAUUGCUUAGCCUUUUCCCCCUUUUGCAAUGUCGCUUGUCUAACUCCACUAGUUUACGAUUUACACCUUUUCUCUCCUUUUCCCCCUCUCCCUCCCCAAGCCCGUCUCCUCCGCUGACAAUCAACUAGCCCAUUCAAAACAGUAUCAAGCUUCCAUUUACACUCUCUCCCCACCUCCCACCCCCUCCAUCCCUUUGCUUGAAAAUUUUUGUAUUAUUCUUAUGGGUCUUCGCCGCCUUUUCUUCACAUGAAUUCGGGAGUGGUCCCAGCACGAUUCAUCAAUUGAUGAAUGUUUUUACGAUUGUUCGUUUUCCCUUAUGUUUUGUCAUUUUUACUCUUGAUAUUUUAAUCUAUAUGUAUAUAGCGCUCCGCCAUUAAAUAUGUGGUAUGGUAGUUAAUUAUUAGAGUCGUACUCUUUGCAGUGUUAUUGAGAGUCACCAGGCUACCCGUGCGCUGGAGUAGCUUGAUGUUGAAUGAUAGGCAUUGUAGAUAUCGUAAUGCCAUACCUAUUUCUCAACAGUAAUUUUCGCACUCAUCCGCUCCGUUAAAGGUAGUGGUACCGGGGGAUUUAGCCCAUAGAGGUAGAUCCCUAAUAUUGAGGAAUGAGAUACGCCAUUGAUACUUUACCUCCUUACUCCGUGUUUAU